CAUAUCAGAUUGUUCCGGGGAAAACUUGAGCUGUGCCUUUAAGGGGUUCUGCUUUUCCUAUUUGUGUUGGCAUUUGAAAGAUUGUGGAGGCAGAAAACUUUCUGGAAUGUCAAAAAAAAAAAAAAAUUGCUGGAACUCUUGAGUAUUUCCAAUUGUGGGCGCUAAGGGGCGCCAGUUAUAUUUUUUUAAGCAUUAGAGAUGUUUGGAGCAAAAUGUGUAACAUUCUCAGUUACCUGACCUAUAUUAAAUUAGUUGACACUUAAAUCAUAGGUCAUUUUGUCAUUUUGUGUCCAUAUAUAUUUGAAGACACUUCGGAACAAUUUUAUCACAUUUCAUGUGAUUUCAUGAAUUCCACAUGCGCUAUGGAAGUAAUAACGCUAUUUUUUCUUGGCACGUUUUGAUGCAUUUAAAGUUUUAGUGGUAUUUGUAAAAACUUUGUUGAGCUUUUUCUUUAAGCGUAGUUGUAUAGAAGAAAUCUUUUACAGUCAUUAGAAUGAAAAUAAGCUUUGAUCAUAUUAGGGUUAAAGUUGCGCCUGAAUUAAAAUGUUGGAGUCAGUGGGACAGCACAGGAGAGAGAACGUUUGGAGAUGUCUCCUCAUCUGUGCUGUUUGAGAAAUUAGCAGAGUACGGAAAGACAUGUACAAUGACACAUUAAAUGGCAGUACAGAGAAAAGGAGUGCAGAGUUGCCUGACGCUGUGGGACCUAUUGUUCAGUUACAAGAGAAACUUUAUGUGCCUGUAAAAGAAUACCCAGAUUUUAAUUUUGUUGGGAGAAUCCUUGGACCUAGAGGACUUACUGCUAAACAGCUUGAAGCAGAAACAGGAUGUAAGAUCAUGGUCCGAGGCAAAGGCUCAAUGAGGGAUAAGAAGAAGGAGGAGCAAAAUCGAGGCAAGCCUAAUUGGGAGCAUCUCAAUGAAGAUUUACAUGUACUGAUCACUGUGGAAGACGCUCAAAACAGAGCAGAGAUCAAACUGAAGAGAGCCGUUGAGGAAGUGAAGAAGUUACUGGUACCUGCAGCAGAGGGAGAAGACAGCCUGAAGAAGAUGCAGCUGAUGGAGCUUGCGAUUCUCAACGGCACCUACAGAGAUGCCAACAUUAAAUCACCAGCCCUUGCCUUUUCUCUUGCAGCGACAGCCCAGGCUGCUCCAAGGAUUAUCACUGGGCCCGCGCCGGUGCUCCCACCAGCUGCCCUGCGCACUCCGACGCCGGCUGGCCCUACCAUAAUGCCUUUGAUCAGACAGAUACAGACCGCUGUCAUGCCAAACGGAACCCCUCACCCUACUGCUGCAAUAGUUCCUCCAGGGCCCGAGGCUGGGUUAAUCUACACACCCUACGAAUACCCCUACACGUUGGCACCAGCUACAUCAAUCCUUGAGUAUCCUAUUGAACCUAGUGGUGUAUUAGAGUGGAUUGAAAUGCCAGUCAUGCCUGAUAUUUCAGCCCAUUGACUGCUGGAUGAAGGACUAGAGCAGCAGCUGUUCUAACACGACCAGUCAAUGUGGACACACUGUUUCCGCGCUGCCCCUUUGUUUUACCAGACAGAAUUUGAGUUCUUUUUUCUUGAAUUGUACAUGACUUUGGUGCUGCGUGCAUGCUGUUGACUCUUAGGACUUUGAUCUUUUAAAGUUAUUUUUUCCCCAGCAUUAAUAUUGAUUUAUAAAAAUUUGAAAGUUUUUAAUGAACCUGGACGCUAAGAUUGAAACUUGAAAAUUCAUUGUUCAAUUAAAAAAAGCCACAGUGCUCUGUAUGUUAUCUGUGUGUGUGCAUGCACUCAGGUGCAUUUUGUUUCAUGAGCAAAUACAUUUUAUUGUACAUGUUUUCCGUUUAUCUCUAAAUCAUUGUAAAAAGUAUUUUAGGUCAGAAUCAUACAAUAGAACUAUUUCUGAGAGGCUUGUUUCUGUUGCACAUUUCUUGAAGCAUUUUUAAAAUAACAUGUAACCUGUAACCUGUUUACGUUUUCCUUUCUGUUAACGCUCUGUCCUGUGGCCCCAUGCCUGCUCCUUUCCCCAGAGCUCCUCGCUGCUGCACGCACAGCGUCUGUUCGAGGAGUUUGACUGAUGCUUCCCGCAGGGCUGGCACUCUGAGCCACCAGCUGCUGUUCCAGCACUCUCAAUGCAAGAUCUCACUGAUUUUGCCUCAUCGAAUUACACUUAUAUAAGAUUAGUUUUUCCAAAAUGAAAAAGGGGUGAUGGACCAGUUUACUACUUAGAAACAGCAAGAGGCACUGCAGUUAAAUUUCCCAUUUUAAAGCAAUGUGCUUUUGUUGUGUUGGAAAAUUUUUAUUUAUAAUACUUAAUUAUUAGACUGACAAAAUUGAAAGUAAAAUACACAGAUACCUAAUUGACAUUCAUAAGGUGAAUGAUAAUGAGCACUAAAUGUCAAGAUUCCAUUAUUAGUUUUAUUUCUCACUUUGCCACCUCAGCAGUAAAACAUGAUAUUGACCACUUGGAGAAUUGAGAAAAUGAAUUUCAAGUUGCUAUGUUAUAAUCAACUUGCACACAGAUAACAUGCAUGCUAUAUAUCAAGUCUCACAUGAGUAUUUUAAAAUAAGCAGUGCCCUUCAAAACAGAUGCAGACAUAUGUGUUGGUGGUAGUGAGGAGAUUGGUAUUAGCCUCAAAUCUUCAUUGAUGACUAAUUUUUAAUUCCCUUCCUUUUAUCUUUAGGUAUGGCUUUCCCAACGAAAGGCUAAGAAUUCAAGAACGGUCUUAACUGAACCCUCAUCAGAUCUGAAUUUAACAAAUGCUUAGUCUCAGCAGCCUCCAGGGGGGUGGGAGGGAAGCUUAGCCUAGCAGUCAGUGACUUACUUGCACUUUUUGCACACUGAUAGAAAGUAAAAGUAUGUUAUUAAUUGGUUUAGUCUGUAAUCUUACAAAGUAACGGUAAUUUAUACAGGAGUGUAUAGUAGUAUACUGACUGCUAAGUGUACUAUACUGUUUGCUUUACUAAUCACCUAAUUCAUUGCAGUUCAUACUUAUUGACUCGAAGUUUAGAACCACAAUCUGUAGGCUUUAAGAAUUGCAUUUAAACCUUCUUAAGUGAUAGACUCUGGAAGUGUGGUCUUAAGGUUAGCAAAUAAUUGUCAAUAUUAAACAUGGCAUUAUUUAAGUAGUCCUGCUGCAAGAAAGGCACUUCAGUGAAUAUGUGACUAGUAAAGCCUAACUAUGUUUGGAUCUAAUAGAGUUCAUGAAAUCUGUAACUUGGGAUUUUAAAUGAAUGGAUAAAAUAGGUUAAGGCCAAGAUGAUUGAAAUGAAUGCAAUAUUAAUAGAUGCAUAUAUACGCAACAUAUAAUGGUUAAUUUUAAGACUACUGUGCCUUAACGUGUUUCCUAAAACAAAACUUUUGUAGUAAAUGAACAUUUGAAAUCCAUUGUGAUAAACCUGCUGUUAAUGUUUGUUUUCUUUUCCCUUGUGAAUGUUUUCUAACUUUGUCUUGGUAAUUGCAAUUUAACUAGGUGCGGUGGCUACUAAAGUUCGAAGGCACGAUAUGCGUGUCCAUCCUUACCAAAGGAUUGUGACCGCAGACCGAGGUUAGUUUAGUUCUGCAGUUCUUGUUUAUGAGAAGUGCGUUGGGUGUUCAUAAAGUUUGCAACACCACACCUGAUGGAAAAAAAUCACUGCUUGCCUGCACAUCAUUUCUUUUCCUUUUCUAAAUUAAUUUGUAAUAAUUGAAAGAUUUAAGGGUUGGGUUUUUUGGAUGUUUUCUUUUCCUCCCUUCAUAUUUUAAUUUAUUAAAUUCUAUUUUAAUAUGUACAAUGAUUUAUUUCUACUAAAAUGUAAAUUAGUCCAUCUGGGGAGCUAUUAAAUUCUGAUGUUGCCUUAUUUAUCAGGAAUAAUUUUUGCUAAAAUUUACCUUUUAGUUGUUCUGAAAUUUUGGGUUGGUUUUGCAAAAAGAACUAAGCAGAUGGUGCUUUAAUGAGAGAAGUAAAGGAAUAUAGUCCUCCUGUGUCCUUUUGGAGAAAACUGAAGAUUUAGUUUCCAUUUUCCUUUUUAGUAAGAUACUUGAACCCCACUGUAUACACACAAGGAUAUACAUACAUGUCAGGUCCUUAGCUGAAAUAAAAAAGGGGCUGUGAAGAUGACUUUGAUGAAGUUGGAUUUUUUAAUAAAUGAGAAAAUAAUUUCCCUUUUAUUCUUACAUCUUGUCCCAAAAUGGAUCCUUUGAUUUUUGUCAUUUGCUGCUAAAAUAUUAUGUGAAGGUAAACUAUCUCUUGAAAUUUUGUGGUGACAUGAAUCCAGCUGUUUGAAAGUCCUUUUUGACUAACCCGUGACUGGAAAAUAAGUCUUCAUUUUUCUCCUUUUCCACAUGUAUAAUUUGUGUCCUAUAUAUGCCCUUGGACCCUUCUAUAAAAUUAUUUAUGUUUAUUGAGGAGUGACGGUUUUGGUUUAUUGACAUUGUUUUCUGAGUUUGUCAUUACAAGGUAGCAAUCCAAAACAAGAUUUUAAAAAGGGAUUUUUGGGUUUUUUUUUGCAAACUUCUAUUAUGGCACAUCUUUACCUACUAAUUAAUUUGAUCAAAGUCUCUAAUAUUAGUGGUGGAAAGUGAUGUAUUUACACCCCAGUCCUACAUUUUCUAUGAACUUGAGAAAGAUCUCAUCUGUCAGUUUCACAUAGUUAUCUUAAAUACUGAUGGACACAAAUGCUGUCCACAUCAGAAUAAAAUACCUUUCCAAAGACAUUGAUGAUAUUUAUUUAGCAUCAUACAUAAUUAAAGAGUUUGAAGACUUUUAACUAAUGCAUAUAUUACGCACAGAGAUUAUUGAAUAAACAGACCCCCCCCCCCCCCAAGGUCAGUGGUUAUCUAUGAAGAUAAUAUAAAUGUAAGUACAUCAUGCACCACAAGCAAAUAAAUGACCCUUUUUGUAUUAGAAAGUCUCCUAGUGAAGGAGGAAAUUUAAAAAAAAAAAAAAUCUUUUAAGUAACUUUUCAAUUUAAGGAAAUUGAAUACUUCCACACAGAAUUGGAAGUUUUUACAUUGUUAAUGUCUGAAACAGUUUUAAAGACUGUUUUAAAGUCAUCUUUCUGUUAACCUUUCCCUGCAUGCCCUUUUAAAGAGAUUUCUCAUAAUUUUAUUUUAACACAAUUAUUGGUCUAGUCAACACUCCAGUGCCUUGAAACAGUUGAAAAUAUUAGAAAGAUUAUACUGUAUUUGAAAUUGACAGCACAUUCCAUGAGAAGCUCUUUGGUAGUUUAUGUGUUUUCAUUAGUCCUAUCACUGUUUUUAUUCAAAAUGCAAUGUCAGCAAACCGAAAUGCUCUUUUUUUCUUUUUUUUUUUAAAUAACAGAUACUUGUAUACUGCUGUUACUAUCACUGUAUGCACUCAUUGGGUCUAAGGGAGAGGUCUGAAGUUCUUCACUUAAAUUAUUUUAUGAUACUACUGUUUUCUCUUAUUUUUGAGGUUUUUUUAAUGAUUAUUUUUUAAUCUUUUGAAGGGAAGAUUAUAAAUAUUCAUUUAUGCAAGGAAACUCAGCCCUUAGACAUAUAACCAUGUAAUUCUAUAUGAGCAUUUAGAGUACUGCAUGGUUGACAACCAUCUAGUUCUUUACUAAAAAUACCCACACACACACACCCCCCCCCCCCCCCCCCCCCCCCCCCCCCCCCCCCGUUCACAUAUUUCGAAACUGAAUAUGAAGCCUAUAAAAGACCAACUGACUUUUUAGUUGUAAAGAACCGUAAGUGAUUUUGCACGGUUGACACACCUGUGUGUACUGUAGCAGGCCAGGACUCGGCAGAGGACAUAUUUCUAGGUUUACUGGUAUAUAUAGAAACAGUAGUUUGCUUGUUUAUAUAUUCCACACCCAAAAAGGCGUAAUCAGAAUUUUUCUAAAUAUUUUACAAAAACCAUCAUUUACAUAAUUUGUAUAAAAAGCUUAAUACAAUUUUAAUCAAAAUUUUAAGUAAUUUCAAAAAUGCUUUAAGAUUCUAUAUUUCUGGAGUACCUAUGAAGUGGUAUGACUACAUCAUGUGAAAUAUUUAUUUUCUUCUUUAACUUUGGAGUAGCAGUUUUUAUUUUAAUUAAGUAAAAUUCCAAUUUUUUUAAACAAUUUCAGGGAAGAUUUGGUCACAUUGAAGAUACAGUAUUUUUGUAGUAUUUAUAAGCUGUCCUAUGUGAUAGACUUUUAGAAAGCAUUUUUUUUUUAUAUGAAGGUAAACCAGUCCAUUAUAUAGUUCAUUUAAACUCUGUGAACAUUACUCCUACUGGGUUUUGAUUUAUCAAGUGGCACAGAAUCUGCCUUUGCACUGAAUAUCUUUUCAUUGACAUCUCCUCUGCCUUAGUCACAGUGGCAACAGUACAGAAAAUUCUCUCAAACCUCAGAAUAUAGUAGAAAUAAUUAAAGCUGUUGAAUGAGUCUUAAAAAUCAUACUACUGUUAAGUGGACCAAGUUUGGUGAAGCAGAAUGUGACAGAGGUUGAUUAAGGAAGGAGCAACUCAAGGACAUUGGGAACGAUAACUUUUCCACUUGAGAACUACUUUAUGUUUUACUGUAAUUUUUUUAAAAAUUUUUUUGUUCUGUUUGUUAUUUUGCAAAAGAAAAUAGUAUUUACAGGUGGCUUCUUUUAAAAUAUAAAAUAUAAAGCAGGAAUGUAUAUGAAAUGUCAGAUUUUAUUGUAUUUGCAGAGUAUUAGCUUUGAAAUUGAAUAAAGAAAGCUGUUUGUAGUUUUAAAAUGCCUUAUUGGUAUCAAUUAGAAAUUUCUUCUAUUUUUUGAUGUACUUAGAGCUUUUUGAGUAUAGAAUUUUAAAUGGCAGGAUUUUACAGUGUUUACAUGCAAGUGCAUUUUAUAAGUGUUCUAUAUGUGUAAAAUAGUAUUUCCAACUGGAAAGUGUUGGCCUGCGCGGAAGGCCUGGCCCUCUUCUGGUUCCCAUGAUGUUGCCCACACUGCUAGACUACAGUUUAGUGUUGCUUUGUAUCAUGAGGCCAAGAAAUUCCAUGUUGUUUGUAAAUAGAAUAAUUGAAAAAGCAAUAAACAUUUAUUGAACAAAAGAAA